AUGGCUGCCAUGAGUGCUCUCGCGCGCAGGUCUUGUUUCGGGGCAAUCCAGGACUUUUACCCACUUGCCGCUGCUCAUGGUUUAACUACACUUGAAAGGACCUGUGGCGUUUGUAGAACAAAGGAAGAAUGUGUUGAAAUGCUAAAGAAAGGCCAUUUGAUAAGCAUUGCACCAGGUGGACUUCGAGAACAAAACUAUGGAGAUAACACUUACAGACUAGUCUGGGGGAAGCGUAAAGGCUUUGCUCAAGUAGCCAUAGAUGCAAAAGUGCCAAUCAUACCUAUGUUUACACAAAACAUUCAGGAAGGAUACAGAUCAUAUGGAAAUAUUUGGCCAAUGAGAUGGCUUUAUGAACGAACACGAAUUUUAUUCUUUCCAUCAUAUGGGUUCAUUCCUGUCAAGCUUCGGACCUAUAUUGGAGAACCCAUUCUUUAUGAUCCAAGUAUAACCGCUGAAGAACUGGCUGAAAAAACAAAAAUGGCAAUAGAAGCUUUACGGGACAAACAUCAGAAAAUACCAGGAAACAUAGGAAGAGCUCUUUGGGAGCGCUUUGAGAAGCACCACAAAGAUAUAUAAUAGCUGGGCUCUGAGAAGUGGCAGGAGAGGGAGCUGCUGCUG